GGCAGUUCUGGUGCUUGUAGACACCGGCGAAGGUGUUCGUGAACCCACCCACCUCGCUGAGAAGAUAGGGCCCUUGUACCUCUUUGAUUGGAAACGGGGACGACUCCACCAGUAUAUGUAGUCUUUUACGCGGGAGGUUCCUCUGAGAUCAGAAAGAGGCAUUCCUCCUACAGUUUCGGAAUUAUUGGGAACGGACCUUCCUGAAUGUGGAGGAAACUCCGGUACGCUGUCUUCUGCGGCUUGCUGGAACGCCCAUCUCCUCCUCUUCUCUGUCGGCGGGUUAGGCUCUCCGGCCCCUUCUCUACUUGUUCUGAUUCGACAUGGAGUUUGGUUUCAACUUCGGAUAUGGGAAAUAGGUAUCAAAGGGACAAGGAGUUUUCAGAUUCAGGAUCAAAAUCUCUCCUUGGCAUCGGGAAAUCGGUUCUCUCCAGAUGUUUUUAUCUCUGCGAGAAGAAAGUCGACACCUUUGUGGAGGAGUCGUCUUUGCAAGACAUCCUCAGAGUGUAUGCAGAUAUGUCCCCGGAGACCACCCGUCGUUUCUGGCGAGUUUCAGUGUUGAGACCUGAUGAUUUCCUCGAAAUUUUGCUGGGAAUUGGAAAUGGUGAUUGUAGUUUAAGAAAGGUGGAAUUCUUGUUGAAAUUGUUUAGGUGGGCCAAGAAACAAAGUGCAGAUUUUGAUCAUCUCCCGAGGUCUUAUGAGGUCAUGAUUUCAGUUCUCAUCCGGGCACAGAUGUAUAAAGAUGCUGAAUCCUUACUUCUGGGAGUAGAGUCAAGAGAAAUUUUUUCAAAUUCUGCUGCAUUGGUUAGUGGCAUAAUCCAAGGUUAUGCCGAAGAUUGCAAAUUAGAGAAGGCAAUGGUUCUAUUCGAUAAAGCCAGAGAAAGGGGUACAGUCCCAUCUGCUUCCUGUUAUCAGUCUCUUUUGAGUCUUUUGGCCAAAAAAAAGAAAGUUGAAUUGGUUACAAAAGUCUAUAUGGAUAUGAUGAAGGUUGGAUUAGCCUCAUAUUCCCAAGAUUGCAUCCUGAAAAUAGUUAUUGUAGGACUGACAAAAAAUGAGAGGAUCCUCGAGGCUAUAACCGUACUUAGGCAACUAAGGUGUUCUGGUAUCGAAGCAAGCCAUUUUGCUCUUUCUGCAAUUGCUGAAGGAUUAUGCAAAAAGAAGGAUUUCGAAGAUAUGUUCAACUUUCUAGAAGAAUGGGGGCAUGCUCCUGAAGUUCAUAUUUGUAACAAAAUAAUUUCUUCAUUGUGCAUAGAUUUGGGUACCCAGGAAUCAUGGUCUUUCAUGCAAAGAAUGGAAGUUUUGGGCUUCAAGCCAGAUGCUAUAACCUUUAGCAUCCUCAUUUGUCAUAGUUGUAGGGCCAGAAAGUUGAGGGAUGGAUAUAUUUAUCUUUCAGAAUGUUUAUUCAGGGGAAUAGUACCUACUGCGUACAUCUAUAAUGCUCUUAUCAGUGCAGGUUUUAUGGAGGGUUUGCAUAGACAUGCAAAUGAUGUAUUUGAGGACAUGCUAGAGAAGGGUAUAAUGCCAGAUCAAACAACAUUCAAAAUUUUACUGGCUGGGUAUUGUAAAUAUAGAAAAUUUGAUGAAGUUAAACAGGUUCUAAUUGACAUGAGGAAUCGGUGCUUGACUUCUUUGACUUCCCUGGAGGAUUCACUCUCUAAGGCCUUAAUUUUUUUAGGACUUGAUCACUUGAAGGUGAAAAUAAAGCGUGAUAACAAUGUUGGAAUUCCUAGAUCUGAGUUCUUUGACUGUCUUGGCAAUGGGCUAUACUUAGAUACUGAUGUAGAGGAGUAUGAAACAUCCUUGGCAGGAAUUCUUGAUUGUGCUAUGGUUCCAGAUUUUGAUUCUCAGUUAAUGAGAGGAAAUGAUAAGGUUAACAUGCAAACUGCAUUAAAAACAAAGGAUGAAUUAACCCAGUGGGGCCAGAACCUUUCAUUAUCGACAUACUCUAAAUUGUUCAGACACCUUUGUGCCACCCCACACCAUUUAAAAGAAGCUACCAGUCUUUUAGAUGAUAUCCCAGAGUCACUUGAACUGCUUGAUGGUGAAACUCUUAAUUUACUUUUAAAAAAUUUAAGCAAAAACGGAAUGGCAGCUCCUGCAAUGAUGAUUUUGGAGAGGUUGUUCAAGAGAAAGCUUCUGGUGGAGAGUCAAUCAUUUAUGGAACUCAUUGUUGGCUUAAGCAAAGAAAGGGACAUUGAUGGACUGCAAGAAUGCUGCAAUCAGGCAUACAGUAGCAUGUGGCUACCAAGCUCUAAGGACCUUAGACCUCUUUUUAGUUCUCUGUGUAGGUGGGGAUUAAUCAAAGAAGUUCUGGAGCUGUUUGAUAGGAUAUUGGAGAACUGCCCUGCAUUGGUUUCUUCCUUAUGUACUAGUGUUCUGAAGGAGUUAUGCAUGACAGGCUAUACAAAUGUUGGGUGUAUUUUGGUGGAGGAGCUUCUUGAGAGAAAUUUAGUCAUGGAUCAUGCACCCUUUGUAUAUAUCAGUAUGGGCUUCUUGAAGGAGCAGCAAUUGGUCGAAUCACUUGGAAUAUUGGAUAUAUUACACAACAAGAACAUGACCUUGCCUAUAAAUGUGUGCCAGCGCAUGAUCCCUUUGUUGCUUCGGUUCAACAGGUUUGAAGAAGCCAUUGCUCUUAAGGAAUCUGUACUGACCAGGAAACCUGACUGUGGUUUUCUUAUUUAUAACAUUUUUCUGAGUGAGUUAAGCAGGACAAGAAAGUUUACUGAUGGUUUAUCUCAAUUGCAAGAAAUGUUGCUGAGUAGGAUUCUCCCGAAUGAUAAUGCUUUAAAUGCAUUGUUGCAAAUGUGCUGUCAAAAAAAUAAUAUUCAGAAAGCAUUUGAAUUACUAGGUAUUUUAAUAAGAGUACAUGGCAACCUUUCUAUUUCAGGCUAUCGGAGCCUUGUGCGUCAAAUGCUCUUGAAGGGACUGAUUUCUCAUGCUUUGAGACUUAAAGAUCUGAUCCAGCAAAAAGAUAAAUUGGUGGAACUGAGUUUGUAUAACAUUUUAAUAUUUUGUCUCUUUCAAACAGGUAACAGUUCUAUUGUUGAAACUCUAUUAAAAGAUAUGCAACACAUGCACAUUCUUCCUGAUAAAAACACUUAUGAUUUUCUUGUGCACGGCUUUCACAAGUGUGGAGAAGUCAUUAAAUCAGUUGAAGCACUUGAUACAAUUAUUUUCAAGGGUUGGAGACCAAGCAAUCGGAGCCUGAGAAUAGUAAUAUGUCAAUUUUGCAACGAUGGAAAGCUUGAGAAGGCAUUAGAACUGAGUCAGGUGAUGGAACAUAAUAAAUGGAAGCAUGGUUCAGUUAUCCAAAAUGAACUCGCCAUGGCCCUUCUCAGAUGUCGUGGUCUUUCUGAGGCUGAACUCUUUCUGGAUAGAGUAGCCAAAAAGGGGCUAAUUCCUGCAAACAUUGACUACAAUAAUUUGAUUCAAAAUAUGUGCAUGCAUUCUGGAAUACAGAAUGCAGUUGAUCUGCUGAAUAUAAUGUUCAAAAAGGGUAACCUUCCAAGCGAGAUGAGUUAUAGUUCAGUCAUUCAUGGGCUCUGUGUUUGCAAGGCAUUUGAUCAAGCACUUGAUUUCCAUGCUGAAAUGUUGCACCAGAACCUUCAGCCUAGUGUAGAAGUUUGUAAUGCUCUUGUUAAAGGUCUUUGUGCAAACUGGAGGACUGAUGAUGCCCAAAGAAUUUUGAGAACUAUGCUCCAAUAUGGCCCUCCUCCAACUUACAGCUUGUAUAGUCAUGUUCUUGAUUGUUACCAUCUCAAUAACGAUCUGGACAAGGCAUCAGAGCUUUUGCAGGAAAUGCAACUGGCUGGACACUCUCCCAAUUUUGAAACUCAUUGGUCUCUUAUAAGCAAUUUGAGCAGCUUGGAGAAAAAGAGUGAUGAUGGUGAUAAGAGUAUUUUAUCUGGUCUUCUUUGUGGAAGUAGACUUCCUGUGACGAAUUCCAAGAGCAAAGUUGCCUCAGCAUUCAAAUAAGAAUUCCUAUCAUCAUAAAAUCUUGCAAAACUCUGUUUCAUGUGAUUUUGGAUUGUUUUACCACCUAUGGUGCAUCGUCUCUGGACAAUGGUAUUUGAUAAAGGAUCUAGAGUUGAUGUUAUUACACGAGAAGGUAUAGGAUUCACCUUCCUGUGUGAUCAGUGCCAUGUCAUUUGUUUUAGCUGUUGAGAUGCCAAUAUACUGCAUAUUCCUGUGAAUAGGACAACCUGGGGCACUGAUUGGUAUUUGUGGUCAUCAACACUGGUGCAUGAUCUUCUUCGUAUAUACUGUUGCAGGAAGAUGCAAAGGAGCUGAAGAGGCAAGUUUUCAAAAUAAACUUGCCAGAUGCUAGAUGAAUCAUCAUCUGCUUGGAUCUUGGUGCAAAAAAGGUGUUUAAUCUUUACAUGGAACCUGAUUGCUGUUUAAGUCCCUCAGUUCGUCUUGCUGUAGCCGUGGAACUGUGAAGUCAUCGACAAGGUUAUUAUAUUGAAUUUUACUGUCUGCCAAAUUCUCCAUGUGGCUAAAGCUGCUUGAUUUAUAGGAGUAAGGCCUUCAACUAUAAAAUGAUUAAAAAAAGUCCAUAGACAAAGAGGGAAUCACUAAUUUGGAGUUUCUGGAUUUCCACACAACGUGAAAUACUUGCAGUUAACAAUGCAGUUCACCACACUCGGAAGAAAGUGUAGCUGUCCUGGUGCUUCUUGUCGAUGGAAAGUAGACAGCAAUGGACAUGAUGCCAACUUUGCACAUAGAUUGUUGCACUGAGAUGGUGCUUUGCUUCCGACCUGUACAACCAUCAUGCUCAUGAUACUCUCAUUUUCCAGAGAGAGCAAAGAAAGAAGAGGCAACAAGAACCUCCUCUUCCCACAGAGCUCUCAGCAAAUCUUCUCUACAGCAGCAGGAGCCAUCACAAUCCUCC